CUGUCUUCUUGCUUCAUCGGUGUUGUUGUGAGAUAUGCGAAGAACGGCUGAAUAUAGGAAGUGGCCUGGAAGAGUCAGGAUUUCUCCGCUCAGGAAAGCAGAGAGGACCUGUGAUGCAUUUCCCGGUGCUCAUCGUCUUUAUCUCCGUUAUGUCAGUUGAUGCAGCUGCACCGAAAACUUUCCUAUGGCAAGAAGUCGGGAACCCAUCUUGUGUCCGCUGUUGUGGAGCCCCAGAAGAGGCAGCGGAACCUCCCAAGAAAACCAGAAUUAAGGAGUAUGUGAUGUAUCCUAUGCCGAGGGUCCAGCCACGCAUUGAGAUGAGCAUCCUAAAGGGUGAGAAGGGGGAUGUAGGCGACAAAGGACCUCCAGGCAUCUCAGGAAAAGAAGGGGAACGUGGAACACAAGGGCUUCUGGGAAUGAAAGGUCAGAAAGGUCACGUAGGUCCGCCAGGACACUCCUGCAAGGUCCAGUAUUCUGCUUUCUCUGUUGCCCGUCGUAAAUCUCUGCACAGCACUGAAUAUUUCCAAACAGUCAUCUACGACACAGAGUUUGUCAAUCUUUACCAGCACUUCAACAUGUUCUCAGGGACCUUCGUCUGCUACGUUCCUGGGAUCUACUACUUCAACCUCAACGUCCACACCUGGAACCUGAAAGAGACCUAUCUACACAUCAUGAAGAAUGACCAGGAAACGGCCAUUUUGUACGCACAGCCAAGUGACCGGAGCAUCAUGCAAAGUCAAAGCCUUAUGCUUCAGCUGAAGGAGAAGGACGAGGUGUGGGUGCGGAUGUACAAACGGGAGCGGGAGAAUGCACUAUACAACGAUGAAUCCGAUGUCUAUAUUAUCUUUAACGGAUAUCUGAUCGCACCGGUGGAUGAGUGAUCACUCCGUGGUGUAACC